CUGACGCUAAUUGUAUAUGAGCGCGAGCGGCGGGAGCUCGGGUCUUUUUAGCGCCAUCUGCGAGGGGCGCCGCCGCCGCCGCUGCUGACGACGACGCCUCCAUCGUCUCCUCCUCCUCCUCCUCCUCCUCCCGCCUCAGCCGUCCUGAGUCACUGCGCCGCCCCGGCCUCAGCCCCGGGCCUCGGACACCGCCUCCAGACUAGGAUACCCUGUGUUCCAUUUGACCAGUGAAAAACUAGAAUAUCUAGGUGUUUUGAAUUCUUACAACAUGGCAAACAUUGACAACAAAGAGCAGACUGAACUUGAUCAACAAGAUAUGGAGGAUGUUGAAGAUGUGGAAGAGGAAGAAGCAGGUGAAGAUGCAAACAGUAAAGCUCGUCAGCUGACUGUUCAGAUGAUGCAAAAUCCUCAGAUUCUUGCAGCGCUUCAGGAGAGACUCGAUGGCCUUGUAGGAACAUCAACAGGUUACAUAGAAAGCUUGCCUAAAGUAGUUAAGCGACGUGUUAAUGCCCUCAAAAACCUUCAAGUUAAAUGUGCCCAGGUAGAAGCCAAGUUCUAUGAGGAAGUUCAUGAGCUGGAAAGAAAGUAUGCUGCCCUCUACCAGCCUUUAUUUGAUAAGAGAAGUGAAAUCAUCAAUGCUAUUUAUGAACCAACAGAGGAAGAAUGUGAAUGGAAAGCAGAUGACGAAGAAGAAAUUUCAGAGGAAAUGAAAGAAAAGGCAAAGCUUGAAGAAGAAAAAAAGGACGAAGAGAAAGAAGAUCCCAAGGGAAUUCCUGAAUUUUGGCUGACUGUUUUUAAGAAUGUUGAUUUGCUCAGUGAUAUGGUCCAGGAACAUGAUGAACCUAUUCUGAAGCAUUUAAAGGAUAUUAAAGUGAAGUUCUCAGAAGCUGGCCAGCCUAUGAGUUUUAUAUUAGAAUUUCACUUCGAAUCAAAUGAAUAUUUCACAAAUGAAGUUUUGGCAAAGACAUAUAGACUGAGAUCAGAACCCGAUGAUUCUGAUCCUUUCUCCUUUGAUGGACCAGAAAUAAUGGGUUGCACAGGGUGCCAGAUAGAUUGGAAAAAAGGAAAGAACGUCACCUUGAAGACAAUUAAAAAGAAGCAGAAACACAAGGGCCGAGGAACUGUUCGAACUGUAACCAAAACAGUUUCCAAUGAUUCCUUCUUCAACUUCUUUUGUCCUCCUGAAGUUCCUGAAAGUGGAGACCUGGAUGAUGAUGCCGAAGCUAUCCUUGCUGCAGACUUUGAAAUUGGUCACUUUUUACGCGAGCGUAUAGUUCCACGAUCAGUAUUAUACUUCACAGGAGAAGCUAUUGAAGACGAUGAUGAUGAUUACGAUGAAGAAGGUGAAGAAGCAGAUGAUGAGGAAGGGGAAGAAGAAGCAGAUGAGGAAAACGAUCCAGAUUAUGACCCGAAGAAAGAUCAAAAUCCAGCAGAGUGUAAGCAGCAGUGAAGCAGUGUGUCUGUGGCCUUGAGGAUAACCUGCACUGUAAUAGCCUAAACACAACUAUUAGUUACUUACAGCCUUAUGUUUUGUAAUUUCUUGGUAGAAUCAAGUAAACAAUUUUUGUUAAAGAUGAAAUUGAACGUAUAGGAACCCGUUCAAAACAUAGAUUCAUUCUACCUAGCAUUUUAAUAGUUUGAUUUUCUGCCAGAUACGUAGAAUGCAGUAAACCCCUAAAGCAUGAAUACGUUCAUUCAUUGCUGCAUAGUUUGGUUCUUGUGAUGUCUUUUGUCACGUAGCUAUUAGAUUGCAGCCGUGGAAAUGAUCAGAACCGUCAACCGAGACCAAUAUUUGUUUAGAAAAAAUCCUCUCCUAAGGAACCAACCAAAGUAUUUUGUUUUUCCAGCCCAAUAGUUUGAAUGGGUUUUAAGUCUGCUUGCACUAGCUGUGCCUUCAUUACUUUGUUAUAGAAAUGCAGUGACUUGUACUAACUUGGAGACAAUUUUUGGAUUUGACUACUUGAGAAGAAACUAGUAUACGGUUAAGAAUUUCCAGUAAGACCACAUCUAACGUUCAUAACUGUCUACUUGUUUAUGGUAUAGGUUUUUGUAUUAUGUGACAUAGUGUUCUACAAAAAAGCCCAGUCACCAUAUUAAGGAUAUUGUUUACCACUGGGGUGUGAAUAAAACCUAGUAUUUUCAGAAGUUAGCCUCAUCUUAUUGUACUAUGUCUACGGAACCCUGUUAUUUAAGGUCUUUCCUUUGGGGUGGCACAUAUUAGCCUUCACUGGAAGUGGUCGGUUGGGCAUCACCUGGAGAAGCCAUUUCCAAGUUUUUAAAAUGGCCACCUACUAAAUAACUUAAAUGUCAAGCACUAUUUUGUUUCUCAAAGGAUGACCGUGUCUUGCUUUCACUUACUGAAAUAAAUUCUUAAUGGCUGUGA